AAAAAAUAUAUUUUUAUUAUUUUCCUCCUUAAACAAUAUUUUCGAUAAUACAAUAACACAAAAACUUUUUGCUCUGCUGAGCACAUGACUCCUUCCCUUCAGCAGGUUUUCCACUUUCAAGUCCUGUCUCGCAAUUUAGUUCUUUAACUUCCAUUGUCCACAUUGUAGGAUUUAUUUCAAUCCUGCUAGUGUCUUCAAAUUUUUGCAAUUGUUAUUCAAAUAUACAAUAAAUUUACUCCAAUCCCUUUGAAAUUUUUGAUCGUCCUGGUCUCGAAUCCUGCAGGUCAGUCUGGCCAAUUCUGCAAAGUCCAUCAUCUUCACCUGCCACUCUGCAAUUGUAGGUACCUCCUGUAUCUUCCAUUUUUGGGCCAUUAAAAUUCUCGUCGCAACUGUGGCAUACACUGAUGCAAGUUCUUUUGACAGACAGUAUUUGAAAAAUGUGGGGGCGGGGGCGGAACUGAAAUAUGCAAAAUGUGUCCAUGCUAUGGGAAUUUUAUUAUUCAUAAAGCUUGCAGAGGGCUCCAACCCUGAUGUCAACAGAUGGAAGAUGUGCAUGGUGAUAUCUUCCAGGAGAUACAGUAUGUACUGUACCCACUCAACUUUGAUCUGCACAACUGGCUCUUUUACAAUCGUUCUGCACUUGCAAGGAAUUGCUUCUUCAAGGUGGAAGCACCAGCCCUUUGGAACUCCUUCCUCAUUAAUAUUAGACAACCACCUCUCUAUUGUGUUUGGUGCCUGCUAAUUUUAUUAUUUUUUUAAAAACCCAUAGUUUCAUCUGUCGUGAUGAGGCCAGGGGAGUUUUACAAAGGACUGGAAAUGUAAAAGAGUGUGUUACAAGGCAGGGGAUUAGUUGGCAACAGAAAGAAAGAAACCUCAAUUUUUAAAAACCUAACUAUUGGUCAACAGGUAUGCACUAUAUUUUAAUAAGAUGGGCAGAGAAAAUUGGACUACUGUAUUCUGAACUGUUUGCAAGAAAUGUGUUUGAAUAUAUUGCGUCAUAUACAUACAAACCCAUGUCUCACACACAAUAUAUUUAUUUAAAUUUGCCUGCUCUUCAUGUUUACAAGACACCACCAAGGUUACAAUGUUAAAAUCUAAAGCUGUAUUUUAAACAUUUAAACAAACUAAGCAUUAUACACCCAAGCAUGCAUUACAUUGCGUAUAUAAUUAAUACACUUUAAUUAGAAGUAUAACUUUUGGCAUAGAUUAUGCCUGAUAAUAAUAAAGCGUGCGUAUACUGUCCGUAGUGUGUGUGUCUAACAUAUUGUGUGUCUAAAAUAAUAUUUUGUGUGGUUAAUAUAUGCACACAGCACAGAGCGUGCGUGUUUGCCUGUGUCUAGGUGUCUAAAAUAUAUGUAGGGGGUGUGUUGUGUUAGAUGUGUCAGCGUAUUCCGACAAGAAACCCGCCCCGCGCGGCCUGUUCCCCCCAAAUCCACCCACCUUUCCCUCUGUCCGUCCCCUUUCUGUAUUUCCCCUUCCAUAUUUCCGCGCCCGCCGGUCACUGCCUGGGAGGGGAAGGCUCAGCUGGGCGGCCUGUCUCGUCCCUCCACCCCCAAGUCAGCGCCGUCCGCCUUCUCUCGCAGCCCGAAGCUGAGCGUCUUCUUCGCCCCUGGCCGGAGAGGCCUCCGCCUCCGAGUCAGUGGGCUGGAUUCGCUCCGCUUGCCGCGACGGAGCGGGCGGGCUCCUGAGGGAGGCGCUCAUUCGCUCGGGAAGAGGCCCCGGGGCGGCCAGCAGCGGGCGGGCGGGCGGGCGACUGCGCGGCUUUCGCUCCCGAGUUCCGUGCGUGUGGGCCGGAGUCAGCGGGAGUAGGCCUCUCCCUGCGGGCGCUAGGCCGUUGCCGGGAGACCCCGCGGACCGCGCUAGCGAGCCCGGGCUGGAGCCCGCCAGGCCUCCGCGAUGCCGCUGCUCUUCUUGGAGCGCUUCCCUUGGCCCAGCUUGCGCACUUACACGGCGCUCAGCGCCCUGGCCUUGCUGGGCAGCAGCCUCAGCGCCUACCGCGCCCUCAGCCAGGCCGCCGAGCACACGGAAGAGCCCCCCGGGGUGCGGCUGCAGCAGGAGACCGGAGGAGGAGAAGGAGGAGAAGAAGGAGAGGAGGGCGACCUGUCGCCGCGGGCCGGGCCGGCCGCCCUGGACGUCGCCUAUUACUUGCUCUCCGACAGCCUCUGCGUUUGGGUGAGCCGCCCGGGAAGGGAAGGCGAAGCGGGGCCUGAGGGGAUUCCUUGGAGGUGGGGAGGCGUGAUCCCCGGGGUCAGUGGGAGAUAGACGGCCUGGGGAAUAGGCCCCGGGUGGGGUGUGCGAGGGGGAUCACUUCGAAGAAAGGUGCGAGGAGGACGGGGCUGCUGAGGGCGAAUUUGGAGACGGGGCAGGAAGGGGCGCCUGAUUUGGGGGAGAAGGAGAGAAGUCAUGGGGCACAAGUGGCCCACCUGUAAAGGAGGAACACCUCUGGGCAACGUGGGGUGGGAGCCAACAACCCCACUCAGGUCGGUGGGCUGGAUCCCACGAAGUUGUCCUCGGAGUAGACCCAGUGAAAUUAAUGGGUGCAAGGUUGUGGGACUAGGCCCACUGAAAUCGCUAACACUUAAGCAUGUCUGAGUCUGGAUCCAGCCCCAUUGGUGAGUUUUUUUACGGAAGAGAAGGUGCCUGCAGGAGAGGAGGGUAUUGUGGGGAGUGGGCACCUGAUGUUUGGAGGGAGUAGGGCAGGGGCCAGCAAACUUUUCCAGCAGGGGGCUGGUCCACUGUUCCUCAGACCUUGUGGGGGGCCGGACUAUAUACAUAUAUUUGGGGGGAGGAAAUGAACGACUUCCUAUGCCCCACAAAUAACCCAGAGAUGCAUUUUAAAUAAAAGGACACAUUCUACUCAUGUAAAAACACACUGAUUCCCAGACCGUCCACGGACUGGAUUUAGAAGGUGAUUGGGCCAGAUCUAGCCCCCGGGCCUUAGUUUGUCUACCCAUGGAGUAGGGUGUAUCUCCCAUCUUAUUCCCCAUAGACACCCUUCACAGCAGUAAUUCCCUGGCCAAUAUGCUCCUCCCUCUCAAAGAGGCCCAAAGAAAUGUGGUCCUUGUGGGGUGGGCCCAGAGGGUUGGGUCUUGCAAGGUGUAGCGACAUAGUGGGACACACUGGUGAAAAUAUUAGGAAAGAGGAUAUAGAUUUCUCUUUCCCGCACGUUAUGGGAUGUGUGUGUUGUAGGGGAUGUUCAAGGUAGCAUCAGGGUGAUGAGAGUAACUCUGCAUGGCAUGGUGUGGGUAUAAUGACAGGGAAUAGGGUAUGUAUGCCUAAGGAUCAGUGCAGGGAUUACAUGUGCUUGUUUGGGGAAGAGGGUGCUAGUCACCCACUGCUCCCUGACAUUCUGUUCCUAUUUGCACAUCUGAGUAGAUGGGGGGAGCAUUUUUUGGCAGAGUGAUAAAGCUGGCAGAAGGAGAAGGCAUCUGAAAGGCAAAUGUAAAGAUCGUUAAGGGUCAAAAAGUGUGGGGACAGAGUAGCAGAUUAGGGAGUACUAAGGGUUACUCCUUGUCCCUAAGUAAAUAUUUAGUGGAAAAAAGUAGUUGCUGGAAGUGGUUUUGAUUCUUUAAGGAGUAGCUAGGGAAGCGAGGGAUGCUGGCCUAGGAGUUUUGGGGAUACAUGAUAGACAGCACCUAGAAGAAUAAGGGGGCAGUGUAGUAACAAGAACGUGAUGGUGCUAAUGAAGAGAGUUCAUUUAAUGUUGAUUCCAACAUUGUCUGGUUGCCUUGUAUUCUCUUUUUUGCCUUGUUCUGAAGGGGUAUCCCUAAUUUCAAAGUAUCUUGACUCCAUAGUUGUCUGGUUCAGGGGAUUUGCAAGGUACUUCAGGACUUUAAUUUUAUUUCGGCUAUUUGUGAGUUGCUUUUCAGGACCAAGUCGUCACAAAAUGACAGAGAGAAAGAAAUACAAUAGAACCUCAGGCAGAAUAUGAAGCAUUGAGAGGAUGCAGACAAAUAGAUGUAUUGGAGAUACCAAAAUUCUCUUAAGGAAAGGCAGUAGUAAAAAUAUAAGUUGAUGGCUUUCCUGAAAGUCAGAACUUAAGGGGCCAAAGCAAAUAUUAAGUCGAAGACAGUUCUCCAACUACAGAACCCUAUUGAAAAGAUCCUGUGUUGUGUGCUCAGCACCCUAAUUGUUUUCCUGCCCAGAGUGGCUGGGGCAGCCUAGGACUCAGCUAGACUAGAAAAGAAAAAGUGAUUUAUAUGCAUUGUAAAAGCAAGAUGAGCGCCGCAACCCCAGAGUUGGUCAUGACUGGACCUAAUGGUCAGGGGUCCUUUUACCUUUUACUAUGUGCGAUAUAACAUUGUACCACCAGAUGGCAAGCUGGAGUCUCAUUUUUCUCUAAGUGUUUUCCCUGUUUAAAUUUACAACACUUUAAACUGAAACGCUUCUUUGAUGUGUCUAGAUCCAGCCCCAGUCAGUUGGGCAGCUAAUAAUAAUAAUAAUAAUUUCACCAACAGACACACAAGGAGGACCUCAGACACAGUUCUUAAAUUUACAGGUAGGGUCAUAUGAGAGCAGGCUUCAUUUUAGAUGAUACAGUCUUGAACCAUUUAGGACUUUGCAGGUUAAACCAUUUAGGAAUUAAUAAUUUUAUUAUUUAUACCUCGCCCAUCUAGUUGGGUUUCCCCAGCCACUCUAGGUGGCUUACAGUAUAUCUAAAAACAUAAUAAAAACGUCAAGCAUAAAAAUUUCCUGAUACAGGGUUGCUUUCAGAUGUCUUCUAAAAGUUGUGUAAUUCUUUAUCUCCUUGACAUCUGAAGGGAGGAUGUUCCACAGGGAGGAAUUGGGCCCAGACAUUGAUGAUGAUGAUGCCAUAGAAUGUUAAUCAGCUAGAGGCCUGGUUAUAGAGAAAUGUUUUUGCCUGGCACCUAAAGAUAUGUAAUGAAGGCAUCAGGUGAUUUUUGCUAGGGAGAGCAUUCCACAAAUGAGGAGCCACCGCAGAAAAAGCCCAUUCUUGUGUUGCUACCCUCCAGACCUCUUGUGGAGGAAGCACACAAGGGCCUAAGAUGAUGAUUGCAGGGUCCAAGUUGGUUCAUAUGGGGAUAGAUGGUUCUUGAGGUAAUGCAGUCUUGAGCUAUUUAAGUCUUUAUAGGUCAGAAGCAGCACUUUGAAUUGGGUCCGGAAACUGAUUGGCAGCCAGUGCAGUCAGGCCAGGAUUGGCGUUACUGUAUAUGCUCAAACCAACUUGCCCCAGUGAGCAACCUGGCUGCUGAAUUCUGCACCAGCUGAAUUUUCCUGUCUUCUGAGGCAACCUUACAUAUAACAUGUUGCAGUAAUCUAAGCUAGAGGUUAGCAGAGCAUAGAUACCAGACCUGAGGCUAUCCCUGUUCAUAUAAGGAUGCAGUUGGGCCCCCAGCCAAAGCUUAUUGAAGACACUCUGCACUACUGAGGAUACCUGACCACCAGGCUAUGUACCCACUCCUUCAGAGGGAUUGUAACCCCAUCAUGAGCAUGCAACCUCCCUUCCAUCCAAUCUAGGGAACCACCCACUAACAGUUACUUAGUGUUACCUGGAUUGAGCUUCAGUUUGUUGGCUCUCAUCCAUUUCAUUACUGAGACAAGGCAACAGUCCAGCACAUCCAUUGCCACACUUGUAAAUCUAAAGGUGAAGUAAUGCUGUGUGUCACCAGCAUAUUGCUGAUGACAUACUUCAAAACUCUGGAUAACCCCAUUCAGUGCUUUCAUGUAGAAACCACUGAGUGGGGAUUAAACAGCACAGGGGAUAAAAUAGAGCCCCAAAUUGAAUGCUUUACAGGGCCUCCCCAAGUAUCACCCUCUGGAAAUAAUAAUCCAAGUUGAACUGGAACCACUGCAAAACAGUGCCACCCAGCCCUAAAUCGGAAAGCUGUUCUAGAAGACUGUCAUGGUCAUUGUUAUCAGCCAAGAGGAGCAAUGUUGCCCUGACCGAUUCAAGCAUUUUGUCCACAUCCUUGAGCCUUCCUAACCGAAACACAUCCAACACAAGGACUAGACAGUGCUCUGGACAUUCCUUGAGAUUCAUCUGAUGUAACAGCAGAGUCAAGAUCCCAGUGGAUGCAGGUGAUUUUAUCCUCAAAUGCUUUGCAAACAAGUCACAGCAAGCUACUGUCAGUUCUCCCACCUCAUUUGGACCAGACUGUAAGGGGCCCCCCACACCUGCAAAAGCUCUGCCAGAUGGCACAUUGAAGAUGCAAUGGAGGCAGCAAAGUCUGCUUCAGGAGGCAGCAGCAGCUGCAUAAAAUGACUUUGGCCCCUGAGUCAUAGGUUAUAGAGUUUUGUCCUACUCAGUGCUUCCUAGAUCUCCCCAGCAUAAUCUCCCACAGCUCUUACACAAGGUCAGUGUUGGCAAUUUGUGACACAGGAAAUAUAUCUUAAGUACACCUCAGGCAUGGUAUGAGCAGGCUAGUUCCUUGGUGUCAAUGAAGUGAUCUGCCUUCCAGAAGAUUCUCUGGCCAGUUUUAAACUUGUAGAGCAAGGUCAUUGCCUUGGGGUUGUUGUUAAUGCUUAUGCAACCUGAUCAGUGGCCUCAGUCCUAUUGCUGCAGGCUAAGAUUAUGCUUGAGCUAUGUAUUUCAUGUUUGCCCAGAGUGUGUGGAGAAAUACACAGGGGUUACUUAAAUUUUGCUGGCUGCAUUCUGAAGCUAACAUUCAAAAGUUGUACACCUCAGUUCUCAUCUGCUUUACCUGAUUUUGUAAGUGAAAUAAGACAGCGUACUCGAUGCAUUUGAUAAGUGCCUAUAAAAUCUCAUGCCAAAACAGCAGGUAGAGUUCAGUUCAGUUAGCGUUCAAUUCUGUACAUCAGAGGUGGAGAACCUCAUGCCUGGGGUCUGAAUGUGGUCCUCCAGGCCACUCUGCCUGGCCCUUGGGACUUUAUGCCACACACUCACCAGGUCUACUCUGCAACAUUCUCAAGUGAUUUUUCCUUUCUGGAAUGUGUCUUUGAACUGUGAUAAUGCCACUUCCUUGUCUGGAUAGAGAGAGAAAAGUGUGUGUGUGUGUGUGUGUGUGUGUGUGUGUACACAGACACACACACACACACAGAAUUCUAACAUUUGCAGAAUUCUGUCUUUAAUGGCCUUGCUGUACAAAGUUAAGAGUUGCAUCCAUUGCUUUUGCUUAGGCUCCUGUGUCCAUUUGUGGUGUCAGGGCAGGAUCUGGGGCCAGAAAUCUAGGGCCACAAUAUGCAGCAAGACUGGCUGAUCACAUUUGAAGUAAUACAUGCUACGAUCUAAGAGCUGGGGGCCUAUGACCAUUAGGUUCAGGGUCUAACCCAGGCUUCCUCAAUCUCGGCCCUCCAGAAGUUUUUGGCCUACAACUCCCAUGAUCCCUAGCUAGCAGGACCAGUGGUCAAGGAAGGUGGGAAUUGCAGUCUCAAAACAUCUGGAGGGCCGAGGUUGAGGAAGCCUGAUCUAACCUCAUCACUGCCCCUGUCUAGUAACAAAGCAUUCUGACUUUGCCUUGGUUAGGACUGAAGACCCAUUCACAUUGUAUAGCUAUUUCAAUCUGAUUAUUUUUGUGCUCUAAUGUUCACUGAAUUGAAAUUACACACUUGACCCAGAAUAUCACUUAACUGAUAAAGAGGUAGAGCACUUCAGUUAUUUCAGUUUUUGAAAGAGAGUUUGUAAGCCUUGAAUAUCCUGCACUUCAUAAAUUUAUUUAUUUAUAAAAUAUUUAUAUACUGCUGUGUAAUUAAAAUAAUCAUAGUGGUUUACAGCAAUAAAACACAAAAUCAUAUUUUAAAAACUGUAUAAGCAAGUUAAAAAGACGUUAAUCAUUGUGAAGAGGCAAGCUUGCACAUGAGUCUUUUGGGGGUAUUUCAGAUGCAAGAUGUAUUAUCCUGGGGAGGUGACUUAGCCUUGUUAGUCUUCAAUAUUUUUCAGCAGAGUUCUAUGAACACCUGAAAUCCGGGUGCCUUUGGCCAGCCUUCAACAGUGGCAUGUAUUCUUGCGCAGCAGGAGCCACGUGUGAUCAUUGUCUGAUAUUUGAACAGUGGUGAUUCUGUAAACGAUUGCUAAUUGAAGACAUCAAUCACUCACCAGGAUUACCCGCAUCCUUACAAUUGUGUCGUUCAAACUCUUUCCUUUCUCACAGCCUCUGGGGAAGUCUGCAAUGUUCAGUGAGAUUUUCAUCACUUAUUUAUUUCUCAUCACUUGUUUAUAACUGUGAGCUGCCCCAGCAUUAACAGUAUCAAGAGUCUUUUAAGAAAAAGUUAUAGCAAAAAUGUUUUUCUUUUUCUCACCAUUUACUUUCAAUACUAUAACUCCUAAACAUUUUUCAGUGUUUAUGAAUAGUCAUAAAUAUGAAUUGCGACAUAAAUAACAAUAGUAGGAUAACUUUGACAAAGAUAUCUCAACGUCUACUAUGUCUUGCAAAGGGAGUCUUGUGUUUCAUCUUUGCAAUAGAAAUUGGUCAUGUUGUAACAUUAUGACAAACCAGAGUUGCUGAAUUUUUGUGGUUUCUUUUGCACAGGCAGAAAUCUGCACACAGCCUGAUUGCUCCCAUUUGCUCCUCCACUGGCAAAGCCAACCAAUAAGCUGUAAUUGAGCUUGGCUUCCCAUGAAAGUCACACUCCCCAGGAUCAUGGUUUAUUUCUUAAAAACAAGCCAGGACAGCAAACCAUGGUUGGAGGUCAGCUAGUGACCCUGGUUUGUUAGGGAGCCACAGACCACAAUCCCUAGUUAGAUGUCAUGGGAAGCAGAACUUAAAUGCAGCUUUCUGACUUGUUUCUCCUGCUCACGCCAGAAGCAACUGGCCAUUAUGCAUGAGAACACAUGAUUAGUUGGCAACGCUGGUUAUAAUAAUGCACUAAUGCAGUCAGUGAGCAAGGGUCAAACUGCAGAUGGAUGAGAGAGUUGGAGCCUUUCCUCUGUUUGCUGCAUUACCCCAUGAAACACCCCCCCCCCCGAGACUGACUGAGAAAGCUAUAGGCUGUUGUAAAAUCUUGUUUAAUUGAUGUAAAAUCUUGUUUAAUUCUGCUAUUACGAAUGAAGCAGUAAACUUAGUUAUAUACAAAUCUUGCUGGUAAGUGUGACUGUAUUUUUAAAUGUAGAAAUUUGGUUGCACAAUUUUUAAGAAACAUAGCUCUUCGCUUUCAGAAUUCGACAUUUUGGAAAUGCAUUGUACUAUUGUUCACAUUGUGCUAUCUGGGUUACAAACCACAGACUUGAGUCUUGAGGUCUGUUCAGCUGGGAACGUUGAGCAGCAUUCAUUUUCAUUUAAAAAGGCAAAGGCAAACUGGCUCAGCACAUUUUUAUGUUGUUUGGUUCAUGCUCUUAUUUGACUUAUUAAACAAUAUACAGUGGUACCUUGUGUUACGGACAGGAUCCAUUCCGGAGGCCCGUCCGUAAUGUGAAAUGCCUGCAGCUCAAAGCGCUGUGUCUGUGCAGGCGCGUGGUGCAAUUUGGCACUUCUGCGCAGGCGUGAAGCGCGAUUUAGUGCUUCUGCGCGGGCAUGAGCAGCAAAACCUGGGAGUAACCAGUUCUGGUACUUCCGGGUUGCUGUGGGAUAUAACGUGAAAAGAUGCAACACAAAGUGGACGCAACACGAUGUAUGACUGUAUGGAAUUUUAAACUGGGGGAAGUAUUGUUUUUGUUUGUUACCAUGUUAUAUAUUUUUAUAUUGUAAACAACCUUGCGAUUUGUUGAAAUGAAUUGUUGUAUACAAAUAUUUGUAUAAACAAAACAAUAACAUAGGUUAAUGGAGGUAUUUUCUUGUAUCCUAGGAUGUCCUCUUUUCCAGGGAACUUCCAACAUACGUAGCCUUUAAUAUUAUCUGCUUAGGAGGGAGAGAACCUAAUAACCACCAUUUUACACCGCUAAACACUUGAAGGAGGCCAAGGCUGAUCACAGUUGGGAGAAACAUGGUUCUUGUUCAGUUGGGCAAAUUGGCCAGGGGGUUCCAAACCAGUGAGUUUUAAUGGAAGAGAAUUCAUGUUGAGACUCAAGACAGGAUAGGCAUAACAUAUAAAUAUAUUUUAUUUUUUGUUCCAGGUACUGGUGAAUACGGCUUGCUGUAUUUUGAUGCUGAUUGCUAAACUAAUACAGGGUGUUGUGUUUGGUCCCCUCCGUGUUAGUGAAAGACAGGUAAGAAAGGCCUGUAGGUCUUGCUGGUGGGUAGACUUAACAAAAAACUUUGUGAUAGGUGGAUUUGUGAUUUUCAUUUUUCAUCUGGGAAUAUUUAACUUCCAGGCAUAUGUUCGUACGUAACCUUCUUCCUCAUUCACUAUAUAUAGAAAAUAAAGUCUUGCUUACAUGUAUAUCUUGAUCUGACCAUGGUAUGCAGAUCAAUUCAGGUAAUUAUAGGUAGUACAGAGAUUCAAAACGUAGGCUGUGUUGCUUAGAGAGGUACUGGCUCAGCUCCAAAGUUGAGAGGCCUUUGAUUAUACUAGAUUAGAGAACAGAUGGGGAAUCUGUGGCUCUCCAGAUGUUGUGGCUCUCCAAAUGUUGUUGCACUAGAGCUCUCAUCAUCCCUGACCACUAUCCACACUGGUUGGGACUGAUGGGAGUUGUAAUCUAAGAACAUCUGGAGGACCACAGGCUCACCAUCCUUGUAUUAGAAAUUGCUGCUGAGAUAUUUUGAUGGAGGAUGGUAUAUAAAUAUAUAUAUAUUUAAAAAUAAUGUUAAUAGAGGAAGAAGAGUUAUGCUUAUGUACUCUAAAAUGAAUUAUGGGUUUGAAAAUGAAACCUAAGAGACUUUGGCCACCCUCAUUAAGCCAUAGACUAGAAUUUUCAAGCAGCCUAACAAGCAACAACAUCCUAAUUACAGAGGAAAACACCCAAUUUCUCAAUAGUUCUUGAACUUGCAGCAUGUACAUGUGCAAUCCGAGUAGUAAUACAUACCCUUGUGGGGUUUGUGUAGACCAGGUUUUUGACAGAUUUUUUAAACAAUCCACCAUUUUUGUAGUAUCCUCCAGAAUAGCUUACAACUAUCAUUAUCUGUGACCAUUGGCCAAGCUAUCUGGGGUUGAUGGGAGUUGUAGUCCACACAAUCUGGAAGGCAACACUUUGACUAACCCUGUCUUAAGAGUAUAGCCUGCACCAUAUUUUUCUAUCUCUUACUUGCUAGUAAGGACCUCUUGCAUUUUAAAGAAUCAAUGGUUUUGAGGGUUAGAUGACAACGCUCCACAUCUAAGGUAGAUUCUUAGCUAAGAAUGUGGGGAUAACCCCUCAGCAUAAUAACUUUAACAGCUGUUUUCAUGUGUGUGUCAGUAGCUCCAUUCUUGAAGAACUCUUUUUAACUACAUGUACAAAUCUCUUUCAGCAUCUCAAGGAUAAAUUUUGGAACUUCAUCUUCUACAAGUUCAUCUUUAUUUUUGGUGUACUAAAUGUUCAGACGGUGGAAGAAGUGGUCAUGUGGUGCCUUUGGUUCUCUGGGCUCGUGUUUCUGCAUCUUAUGGUUCAGCUCUGCAAGGAUAGGUUUGAAUAUGUAAGUUUUGGCUGGUGGUUUGAAGUUGAGGAUGAGAGUUCUUUUAUACAGGAGUUUAUGUCUAAACCACUGAGCCUAGGGCUUGCUGAUCGGAAGGUUGGCGGUUCGAAUCCCCACGACGGGGUGAGCUCCCGUUGCUCAGUCCCUGCUCCUGCCAACCUAGCAGUUUGAAAGCACGUCAAAGUGCAAGUAGAUAAAUAGGCAGAAAGGUAAACGGCGUUUCCGUGCGCUGCUCUGGUUUGCCAGAAGCGGCUUAGUCAUGCUGGCCACAUGACCCGGAAGCUGUACGCCGGCUCCCUCGGCCAGUAAAGCGAGAUGAGCGCCGCAACCCCAGAGUCGGCCACGACUGGACCUAAUGGUCAGGGGUCCCUUUACCUUUAUGUAUUCUCUUGACAAAGAAAUCUAAAGUUGAUACGUAGAUUAAAUGAUGGAAAUCAGUUUGAGUUGUUUAUUUUUGCUUGAGCUUGUCGAUCACCUCAGCUUGUAGAUCUAUGGUAAAGAACAAAUAAAUACUGGAAGGCUUUUCAGCAUAUACCUCCUGUUCAAGUUGCGCUUGAGAGUUCAGUCUAUGUGCCAGUUUUCUGUGCUUUUUUCAAGUUCUUUAACAUGCUUUGGUUCUGCAGGAAUUCAUUGUGUUUUGGAAGUAAAUAGGCGCAACUGAUGUUUUCCAAUGCCUUCAUUUGUAUAUUUCAGCUCUCGUUUUCACCCACCACACCAAUGAACAGUCACAUCAGAGUCCUGACCCUGCUAGUAGCUAUGCUUCUUUCCUGCUGUGGACUAGCAGUUGUGUGUGGUAUUAUUGGCUAUACCCAUGGAAUGCACACAUUAUCUUUCAUGGCAGCAGAGGUGAGAUUUCUUGUUAGUGUGAGAUUAAUGUGCUCAACUUUUUCUGGUUAGCCUUUUUUUUGUGCAACCUUGUUUGUGUAUGCUCUAAUUGUCUAGCAGAAUAUAUCAGAAUUUAUUUUUGAUUCAUAGAGUAUCCACUGAAUAGGGCUUACUGCAUUUUUAUGCUCAAGAUUAUGAAUAUUUUUUGCAGAAAGCAGAGUGAGCAGUUAACAUUCUGUUGUCUGGGCUUAGGAAAACUCAAGCCACUAUAUGAAAAAUUGGUAAAUGUCGCCUGUUUGAAAUAAUUGCCAUCUGUAUUAAGUUCUAAUACACUUAAGGGUUCUAAAAUAUAUUUUAAUUCAGGAUGAUUCACAGCAUUCAUUCAUAACUGAGUUUGUGAGCCCUUUGAUCUCCAGGAGUCCCCUAAACUAAAUGAGUAUAAGAGAAGGAAAGGAAAGAGAAAAAUCUAAAUUUAAAUGAAUAACCAGUUGUAUAGAAAAGGAAAUAAUGGUUGCAAGAGCCAUCUUCUACAAGCUAGUGCCUUUCAGGACUACAAUUUCCAUCAGUCUCAACCAUCAUAACCAAUGGAAUUAUGCUUAUUUGAACAUACAGUAGCACAUGCAAAUGCUCUCCUCCCAUAACUUGUGAGGAGGCAAGUUGCCCAAUAAUGCCUGUAGUAGCAGUUUUGGUGAGCAGAGGAGGAAUUACUGAAAAAAGACACCAGACAAUGUUUUUAAAAUGAAAAUUUAAUUAAUUAACAACACCACCACCAGAGCUGUACCAAAUUCAGCCAUCAAGGACAUCUCUUUUUAUACGUGGCUUAUUAUUUUCUUAUUUCCUUAUACAACAAGCUACUACUUGUGGCUCUGACCUUUUAAAAAAUAAAUGGAAAUCUGAAAGAAAUAUAAUCCUCUUAUGUCUUAUGACAAAUGAUUAUAUCAGUUUUCACUUUCAUCACUAACCAUUCUUAAGCUUGUUCCCUAGAACAAUGAGAACCAUUUGCAAGAAGCUCCCUUCCCGCCCUGAUCAGUCUUCCAAGGGGAAGGGUUUACAGACCGUCUAUUGUAUGGUACCAUUCUGUUCCUUUCUGAAGGAUCCUUUCUAAAUCCUGGAGCUUAUUCCUUCCCAUCUUGGGCAUAUGCAGGAAGACAGCAUAGACUUGUUAGCAAAAGUUUAAUACUGAAAUUUAAGAAGCACAUUUUGUCCUGUCUGUCUGGAAAAUCAGUUUUCUUGUUUUUCUAGUUCUCUGCCUCAGGUUUCUAGUUCUCUUAUCAGAUUUCAAAAAAUUCCAGUGAAUUGUUUCCUCUUUUUGUUCCCUACAGUCCCUACUUGUUACUGUGAGAACUGUGCAUGUGAUUUUACGGUAAGUAAAAGAUUGGGGUUUAGGUAGGUAACAAAGGGCAUGUGUUUGAUUUCACAUACAAAGCAUGUUUGUUGUGAGGAGCAUGCUUCAGAUGUCAAACUGUUCUUCCUUUUCUGUUUUUUAUUUACCCAUGCAAUUAUUUUCAAUAAAUUAUUGAAGGGGAUUGGGCAACCUUUGGCCCUCCAGAAGUAGCUGGACUUCAACUCCCAGCAUUCCUGACCCUUGACCCUACUGACUGGGGCUGAUGGGAGUUGGAGGCCAAUAUCUGUGUUACCGCUGAAUUGCAGGAUGGUAUGCUUUGUUUUAUGUAAAAAGCAUAGAAUGAAACAUUAGCAUAUUAAAAUAUAAUGGUGUUAUUCUGAAACUUUGGGUUAAAUUAUAGUAUUUAAAAAGGCAUGCAGUAGGACGAGGAUGUACAGAUUGAUCAACACCAAGGGCCACAUCAGAGUGACUAUCAUGAGAUAGAACUCAUCUGAUUUUCAUAUUAAACUUAAAAAAAAAAUAGUACUCUCUUCUUCUAAUGGUAUAGUGACCGCUUCAGUCUGGCUGGUGCACCUGUUCUUAUAUUCUUACUUAUUCAGCAAAUGAGUUAAAUGAGUCAGUCUUAAGAAGAUGUCUGAUUUUAUCAACAUUAAAGUUGAAAAAUAUAAUGCACUUGUGUCUUCCUCGCCUCCUUUAACAUCUUAGAUUGUUUGCCUCAAUAUUUUCUAUUUUUUCUUUGUAGCUUUAAGGACUUCAAACUUCUGUAGAAAAAAUAUGCAGUUAAAUCAGAGUGGUUUAUGGAAUUUAUAUAGGUUCCUUUGAUCAGAUCUCUGGUGCAGUAUGUGUUUUGGAGGCUAAUUUUUUCCAAAUGGAUAUUUUUAAUUCAAAUGAAAGUGUUAAAAUUUAGAUUCAUAUUUUAAAACUGUCAAUAAGUGCCAGGGUUUAAAAUCAAAUCUGAAUCAAAAUGUUUAAUAUAAACAUGUUAUCUAUUCACUCAUAAUCUCUUCCAUCUUAAUAUGAGUUAAAUAUAUAUAUAUAUGUAAAAGACUGUAUCAGGAAUGGUGGGCUGGCAUUACACACAUGAUACAGUGGAUUCUUGUAUAUCUUCUUGUGUGAGCUGUAAAUAUUUACUUAGAUUGUUAGCCACAAUUAUUUUAUUAAAUUUGUAUAUUGCCCAUCAUCCAAAGAUCACAACAUAAAAAUUCAAAAUGAGAACAUAGAUACAUAAUAAAAACAAAAACAAACCAAUAACUUCAACAAGCACAUCUGAAAUGCCAUAGAUUGUUUAAUCAACCAAAGGCCUAGUUAUAGAGAAACGUCUACUCCUGAUGCCUAAUGAUAUGUAAUGAAGGCACCUGGCGAGUCUCCUGGGGAGAGGAUUCCACAAGUGGGGAGCCACUGCAGAAAAGGCUUGUUCUCCUGUUGCCACCUUCAGACCAGGAUUGGUGUAAUAUACUGAGAUCGCAUUAUUUUCCUCAAGUAAGGACACUCAGGUCUCUGAGCUUUGACUCCACCUGCCUUUGUCAUGCCUAUCCUGGCCAAGUAAGGGGAGAGGGGAGAAUAGAGCCCACAUGAUGUAUAACCCUUCUUUACAGAUGUGCUUUAGGUGAGCAGGUAUGUACUAGUUUGUGUUAAGAAUGAGUCUUUCUUUAAUGUUGAUAUUUCUAAAACUGGAAAAUGCUUUUCAAAUAAUACAGUGUUCACUCCUUCCCUCACUUAGGUAUGUCAUUCAUCUCUGGGAUCUCAACCAUGAAGGUACCUGGGAAAGCAAGGGAACGUAUGUUUAUUACACAGACUUCAUCAUGGAGCUAAUGCUUUUGUCACUGGAUCUGAUGCAUCACAUUCACAUGCUGGUAUGCAUUGUUAACUGAUAAAUCAUGGCCUAUAUAGAAUGGGAAUAAUAUAGAACUGGCUUUUAUAGAAGUGUUUAAAAACACCUUUAUUGUUACUAUUUAUGGCUUGUUACGUCCUGCAUCCUUAAGCCAUACUAAAGAAGGGUUGUGAGCAUGUGGGGAGAGAACUGUGUGGGAGAGAACUUCAGCUUUGAUUGCUAUUUUUGCUGCAGUAUUUCCUGCUGUAGAAGAGAAGAGCCACUUUCUCUUCUGGACUCUCUGAUUGUGGGACCUGCUGUGGUUAAAACAGCAAGCAGAGCUCUAUUUAUGGAUAACACUGCUGCUUUUGAAAAUUAAAAGUUUUCCCAAAGUGACAUACAAUUGAUACCAUAAAACAUUUAGUGGCAGCCCACCUUGUUAUAGCCCAGAGAUGGAAAUAGGGUUCAAAUUUUACAAUCAAUAACUGGCUCAAAAAUACUUCCUCUGUAAACUGCGGGAGCCUGCAGUGGCCAUAAUCUUCAUUUGGGCCUACCUUUAAAACCAGCCUGAAACAUGGGACCCAUUUUUACCUUCUAUCUAAAUGGCCCCAUGUGUCACUUUCAGCCCUACAAUUCCGUGUUUCUGUGCUGUUGUCACUCUAGUUAGGUCUUUCUCCUCCUUCCUUAAUAUGGGGGGGGGGGGGGAGAAGUUUGUUGCUGUUUGGAAGCUCAAACUAAGCAACACUCUGAAUGAGAACUCCAUGAGCAGCUUGUUUCUAGUAAACUCAGAAAGAGUGCUGUGGCAGCUUUUAGGAUGUGGCUGCAUUGGGACUUCAAAGAGAGAGCCAUAUGCACAGUAGGCUAAUUUCUGGCAUUGUCUUUUUAUUGCCUGGUGUGUUACCAUGCCAUUCAUGUCAUUCUCUUCUUUCUCUCCCUGUCCACCCACACCUUCACUUAUGUGCUGCUGGAUUACUUAAUGCUCUUUUAAACAUUUGUUUGGAAGCUGUUUGGCAAUAUCUGGUUGUCAAUGGCCAGCCUGGUGAUCUUUAUGCAGCUGCGUUACCUGUUUCAUGAGGUUCAGCGCAGACUUCGUCGCCACAAGAACUAUCUCCGUGUGGUUGGAAAUAUGGAAGCGAGGUGAGCAAGUUCCUCUAACUGCGCAAGACUAGGAGAGAGUCCAGUCUCACAGUGUUUUCUUUUAGGGUUGUACCCAGUGUUAGUCAUGCUCAGAGUAGAUGCAUUGAAACAUGACUAACUUAGGCCCAUUAAUUUCAGUAGGUCUGUUCCGAGUAAAACUUAGUCGGAGACAACCCUUAAUUUCCUUGCCAUCUGACUGUUACAAAACUGGUUUGCGAGGAGUAAACUUGCUGAUCUUCACAAUUCCAGUGAUGAUAUGGUAAUUUAAUACUUAUACCACGCCCAACUGACUGGGUUGCUCCAGCCACUCUGGGCAGUUUCCAGCAUAAUAAAAGCACAGCAGAAUGUCAAACAUUAAAAAUCUUCCCAAUACAGGGCUGCCUUCAGAUGUCUUCAGAAAGUUUUGUAGUUGAAAACAAGGAUAGGCUUAUUAUUAUUAUUAUUAUUAUUAUUAUUCCUUAUCAGUGUUUCUUUCAAGGCUGUUACCGGAUGAACUUAACCUUGGAUGAUUAAUUCACGAGUCUUAAUUGUUUUCAAAUCAAUUGGGGGAUGGCAGAGUGGGAGCCUGAAGCUCCUCGGGGUCUGUUGUAAUGACCAGCUAUGGCCUGGUGUUAUUUCUGAAGAGGCCCUUGGUGAACUAGCUGAGCAGGUACCAGUAUUUUGAUUCUCCCAGUUCCACCAUAAAUAGGCACUGAAAAGGCAUCCUCUUUGAGUCGCAGCUGGAUAUCUUUGCACAGAUGGCAUUUUGGUCUAGCUAGAUACCAUAAAGAGCCAUAUGCUGAUGGUGGUGUGACCAUAUUGGCUGUCUCUUUGUGCCAGACCCAGAUCAUCAAACCGUCACCUGCCUUGAACCACCAUUGGCAGGAUUGUCAGCAGAAGCAAUGUUCUAUGCUUAUGAUAAUAUCUUAUUCUCAUGUUAAUUAUGCUGUUUUAAAUGAACAUUUUAUAUUUAACUUCCUUUAGUAAUUUCUACUUAUGAAACCAGUGGCGUAGCGUGGGUUGUCAGCACCCGGGGCAAGGCAAGUAAUUUGCGCCCCCUAACCCCUCCGCACCGCACCGCACCGCACGCCCGGCACCGCCCCCCCUCCACAGUGGGCGGCGACCCGGCAGCUCGGAUCGGAUUCGCACAGCCAGCACUGCAGUGAGAGAGAGUGAGUGAGCCAGGUAGGGGCAGAGAGCUGCGAGUGCGGCCGGCCCCCCCUGCACCCCCCACGCUACGCCACUGUAUGAAACAUUAAAGAUAAUUAUUUUUGUUAAUUUUGCUGUGUUAAAUGUGCAUUCUGUAGUUGCCCUCCUUUUAUUUUGAAAUCUUUAUGAUAAUACGUUAGUUUCCAGUUAAUUACAUUGCUUUGAAUGUAUACUUUUUACAGUAUUUGACUUUCUUCAGUAAUGUUUUAUCUGAGGUUUUAAUGUCUAGUAAACUGCUGUGAGGUUUUUUUCUUUAUAAAGUAGUUUAGAAAUACUAUUAUUAUUAUUAUUAUCAAUCAUAACCAUAAUCUUCACUUCUCUUCUAGGUUUGCGGUGGCAACACCUGAAGAGCUGGCAACCAACAAUGACGACUGUGCCAUCUGCUGGGAUUCCAUGCAAGCUGCACGUAAACUCCCUUGCGGGCAUCUUUUCCAUAAGUACGCUCCUGGGGAGCAAACCAGGGUAGAACAAGUAGUGUGCUCUAAUUGUCUGUAGUUAAUGGUUGAAUCUCACUAGACACUCAUUUUGUCAUUUUCAUCUUUUCUUUUUUUUUAAGAAAACCAAUUCAACACUAUAUAUACUGGUUUUCCUUGUUAAAAGUCAUGGAGGAGUUGCCUGUCCUGUUCUGGCUGUACCCAGUGUAGACUGUGACAUAGGAAUGUAGUCUUCUAACAAAAUUCGCGGGACAGAAUUUUUAUAUACUUAUCCAGGACUGCAAAAAUUAGUUUAAUGUACAGAAGCCAACAUUGAUAGUGCAAUCUUCUCAGUACUUUAAAAAAUGCACAUUUUUUCCUCUACAUCUUACAUAGUAUGAGUGGUCUCCAAUGUGGCACAUCUCCAGCGCCUAAAUACUUGCAGCCCAGAUUUUCAACAUUGUCAAUAACUUCAGGUCGGAGAUACAGUUUUAAAGACUCUGGAAGGCUGCACAUAGUCCAUCCUAUCUUGUAACCCUCACAAGGUUACAGCAGUCGACCAAUGUAGCGGCUCAGCCACACUUAAUAACAAAGCCAGCAAAUUAAUGAUUAAAACCUUACCUGACCUCAUAUCAGAUCAUUCUAUGUCUGCAUGUAAGGAGAGAGUAUGUUGCUUGAUUUGGUAUUCAUGAAAUAUUGGGAUUUCAAAAGGGCUUAACGUUCUGUUGGUUAUCAGACCUGUGUACCAUUUCAUGCAAUGUAUUCCCACCCGUCCCCCAGUACAUUUGGAUACAGGAAUAACUCUAUUUACCAAGGACAUACACACACCCUUCUGGUUUACAGUGCAAUCCUAACCUUGCCUGCAUAGGAGUAAUUCCUAUUGCAUUAGAUGGGUCUUACCUCCAGGUAAGUGUAGAUAGGACUGCAGUAUUAGAUUUUUAAUAACUGAUUUAUUAGCCACAUUCAUGAAGGAUAGUGGUUCUUGGCCAGGUCCUGCUGAAUGCCUCUUGCUGGAGGGGCAAACUUAAUGGCAGGCUCUUGCCAUCAUACCUUGCUGGUGGUCUUUGUGGAAGCCUUUGUCUGCCCACUCUUGGAGGCAGGUUGCUGGACUGGGUAAACAUUGAGUCUUAUCCAACAGGAUUUGUCUUAUCCAAUAUAUGAAGUAUUCCUUGAUAGGUGUGUCAUUUGGGUUGGCAUCUUUUGGCAGUUGCUUCUACUUAUGUCAUCAGUAACAAACUGGAGGAGAAUAGAAACCAGGGACCAGUUUGUUGUCAUUCAUUACAAGCUGUGUCAAAAGUAUUUGUCAACGUUUCAAGGAGCCUCUAAUAAGAUAAUUAGCCACUACCAGCAGACACAUCUACUCCUCUGAGAAACUUGAGCCACACCCCUUCAGAGCUUCUUUUCCACAUACCUGAAAAGGUAGCAUUGCUUUUCUAUGAAGCCAGCUUAUGCUUUGAAUUAUUGGGUUCUAGAAUAAUGAAACAAGAGUGAUUUGGGUUGCCUUAAGUCACAAUAUGCCUUGAGAGUGGGCUAGCAUGCUGGUUAUAAUAUGAGAAAAAUGCUAGUUAACCCUUUUCCUUAUCCAUGGGAGCCCACACAUUUUGGCCUUGGUUACUCCUAUUUUGAGAGAAUGUGGUAGGUAGCAUAUCUUGGCUGCAAUGCACAGUGCAUAGGAGUCUAGAAUAACCUAUUAAACAAUUAUUUGCAUUGUAGGUGGCAAGUCAAGUUUAAGAAUGUUAUUAAUGGGAAACAACUAGUGCAGCAAUAAGUCUCAAAAACAACUACCCCAAAAGGUUGCACCACCUUAAGUUUGUUGAUUUUCCAGGGGUACCAUAACAAUUAUAAUUAUGUUUAGCCUGGAGGAGACUGAAAGGUGAUAUUAUGGCCACCUUCAAAUAUCUAAAGGGAUGACACAUGGAAGAGGGAUCAAGCUUGUUUUCUCCUGUUCCAGACGGCAGGACCUGAACCCAAUGGCUUCAAGUUACAAGAAAGGAGAUUCUGUUUCAACAUCAGGAAGAAUUUUCUGAGGGUAAAAGCCGUUCAGCAAUGGAACGGACUCCCUCGGAAGGACCCUCCUCUCACUGGAGGUUUUUGAGCAGAGGUCAGGUGGCCAUCUGUUAGGGAUGCUUUAGCUGUGAUUGCAGGGAGUUGGACUAGAUGACUCUUGGGGUCCCUGCCAAUUCUACAAUUCUAUGACUCUAUUCUAAAUUACUGCAUAUUCUUUUUCUUCUUCUGAGAGCAGAUGAACAUUUUGUAACUUCUUCCCAAGAAAUUUACUUAAACCUCUCAUUUAUUGGUAGCUCAUGCCUGCGCUCCUGGCUUGAACAAGACACUUCCUGCCCUACCUGUAGAAUGUCCCUGAAUAUCACUGACAAUCACCGUGCCAGGGAAGAUCACCAAAGGGAGAACCUGGAUGAAAAUUUGGCUCCUGUGGCAGUAGCUGAAGGCAGACCUCACCUGAACCAGCACAAUCACUUCUUCCACUUUGAUGGUUGGUUUAUUUGCCUUUUACUAGUUGACUUGGCCAGAACAUCUUUGUAAAUGUAGGAUUCUUUCCUUUUCUUUUCUUUUCUUUUCUUUUCUUUUCUUUUCUUUUCUUUUCUUUUCUUUCUUGAGAAGCCAUACCUUCCCCCAUGAGUAGAUGAAACCUAGAUGAAAUAGUCCCUGUGUGCAGCAGGAACAGGCUUUUGGGUUUCUUUCAGGAUAAUUGUUUUCUCUUCCAUGGAUGGGAAGGAUGAGUCACAUAUGCGGGGAAGAGUUAAUCCUUCCCUGUACACUGUCGCCCCUGCUGGAAAUACUCUCAUACUUCACCUUAAAAAAAAAAAAAGCCAUAGAUUGGCUCCAGUAGCAGGCUUCUUGAAAUCUGCCUUACUGUGAUGAGGAGGAGUAAGAGUAAGAAACUGUCUCUGUGUGUGAGAGAGAUAGAGAGAUUUAAUGAACAAGUUUGAAGCACAAGCCAGCUCUGUGUGCUGGGCACCUGAAAUGUUGCCAAGAACACUCACUCUAUCCCUGUAGUACUUUCAAAAGUUUGGUUUUUAUACUAUGUGCAGAUUAUGUUUAAUCAUAUAUAACAGUGGCUUUUCAAGAAAGGAAAAUAAAGGGGAGGAGAGAAUUGAUAAUGCUCAUGACAUCUAUUGAACCUUGUAAUAAUAAUUAAGAACUGAGGAAUCAUUAAAAAUAUAGACAGAACCGUAGACGAUUGGGGUAAUUACUCAAAAGCACAUUUCACACACCUUAACUGUUGCUUUCUCUUUUCCAGGUUCUCGCAUCGCUAGCUGGCUGCCCAGCUUCUCAGUGGAGGUGAUGCAUACCACCAGUAUUCUUGGUAUUGCACAAGCAAGCAACUCUCAGCUCAAUGCCAUGGUAAUUCCUAUUACUAUUUUGCACACUGCUCUGUUUAUUCAUUUAUAUGUCACCACCAGUGUAUGUGCUGCUUUGGAGAGUAAGUGCAAAAAAAAAGUCCCAGUUCCAAGGAACAUAAAAACAAAACUUCAUCAGUGUGGUGGUGAAGUCAAGGAAAGGAAGAGAAAAAGGUAACUAGGGACGAAAAUGAGCAAGUGCAGUUACAUGUACUUCAGACCCAUUUUCACUGAGAAUGGAGAACUAAGUGUUUGGUCAAAGACAUUGUGGAAGAAGUGAGUUUUGAAGAGAGAUUUGAAAAAAGAAGCACACAUUGUUUCAAACAUACACUGUCUAUCUUAAUAAACUGUGAUUAGAUGAUCAGUGAACAUGAAUGGAAUGAAACCACCAUUCUGGAUUCUUUUGUGCUCUAGUAGCAAAAGCCUGACCCUUUGAGAUUUUAAAGACUUUGGCUUACUUUAAAGUUUUAUAAGGUAUUUAGUGUGCCACAGUUGGGUCCCCUGUUGGUAACAGUGGAUACAUUUUCUUUUUUAGGCACAUCAGAUUCAGGAGAUGUUUCCUCAGGUUCCUUACCACCUCAUUCUGCAGGAUCUGCAGAUGACGCGUUCUGUAGAAAUAACAACGGACAACAUUUUAGAGGGGCGUAUUCAAGUGCCUUUCCCAACACAGGUUGGUCAAACGUUACUGAGGCAGUCGGCAUAUUUCCAAUAGCAAUCCAUCAGCAGCAGACCUGCUGUGUUUAUUUUGCAACAUUAACAUUGUGAAAUGGUUAUCCUGAUGUUUAAGGUUUUUUUAAUGUGUGUGUUUAAGUCAAUGUUACGUCAAGUAAUAUUGAUCUAUGGACUUAAUGAUCAUGAAAAUUGAAAAAAUGAUUUUAUAUAGCUUUUGCUGCAUUGUAAAAUAUGAACAAAGAGGUCUAUCGUAGCCAAAAAGGCCCCCAGAAAUUCUUGUGGUACUUCAAAGACUAACAAGCUUAUGUCACAACUUUAUAAGGUGCCACCAGAAAAGUCUUGGUUUUGUUUUUAAGUUUACUUUGUCUAGUUUUCAAACUUCUGUCAGUAACAAAAAGGAAUGGAUAAAAAAAGCCCAAACUUCCUCAUUAUUCUUUUGUCUACCGUGAAAUUGUUUAUAUGGCAGCCUCUGCAUAUUGGUUACAUUUGGGGUUUGCAUGUUGGUAAUUAUUUUGUCCCUGAGGAUGAAUGGAUAAAAAUGCACCUCUGUAUGUUCUGUACUCGAGUUGUGAUCUUGUUGUCAUUUCAUUAACUCAUCAAUCUUAAAUGACCAAAGUUCUUCUCAAACCCAUAUGCAAGUCAAAAUCCUUGCAAAAAGUAGCUUGUUCCCAUUUCAUGCAUGAGAUCACAGUUUUUAAGGAAUCAGAUAUUGAUGUGCUGUCAAAGAUAGACAGGUGAAGCCUAGUUGCUAGAUUGCUGCAGGAUAGUCUGUUGAAAAUAAGAUGAUUUUAUGGAUUGGUCUGUUUUCGUUUUAUUGAUAGGAUUUUAAAUGAAGUGUAGUUCUUACUAGUAGGCUUUUGUGUUUUUAUUUUAUUUUUAUUAUGGCAUUUAUUACCUGCAAUUCACCAUAAAGUCCCAGGGUUGGCUACAAUAACAUAAUCAUACAAUUAAAAGCAGGAAAAGCAGCUUACACAAUGAUAAAAAUAAGUAGUUAAAUUAUUAAUUCAUUUGGUAUUUGUAAUUUAUUUUUUUAAAGUAGAUAAACACAACAUACAUAUAGAGCAUUACAGAAUUCAUGGACAAGACCACAAAUCUUACAAAUGUUGAGGUUACAUUGUCCCAUUAGUGUUUCAUAAAUGUGUGUAUUAAAUCAUAUUUAUUUCACCCUAUUUGAGUUUUAUGCUGCAUUUUUAAUUGCAGCAUAUGGCUGAAAGAGGCUUGCACAGUAAACCCUGUUACAGCUAGGUUUUGAACAUGGGUCCACCAACUUGCCCUGCAGCAUAAAUGCUUUAGAAAGAUUGUUUGUGGGGUUUUUCUUUUCAAUUCAUAUCAGUUUUGUCAGUUUUAUUUAUGCUUACAGCGUUCAGAUAGCAUCAGACCUGCACUGAACAGUCCCCUGGAAAGACACAACACUGAUCAGGAGGACACAGAAGAAGUUACUCAGGUAAACUUGGCAAAGGGGGAAAAAAGGUGCAUCAUAACACAGGGAAAUUUGAUAGUGUAAUGUCCACAAACCUUGGCACGAAGUCCUCACAAGAACUCCUGGUAGAUAUCCUUCUGUAGCUUUGCCACUAGUGGAUUUGGAGUCUUCAUUGCAAAGAACAUCUGUCUUAAAGGUGCAAGUAGGUUGCCAUUUGUAAGCAUAAUUGUUCUGGGUCUGACUAUGGAGUCUUACUUGCAUUUCUCUUGUGUUUUGAUGGGGAAGGGAUCUGGAGAAAAGGGAAUAGUGUUUUUUGUAAUUCAAAGGCCUCGAGCAGUUAAGUCAGGGAUAGCCAAUGUGGUGCCUUCAGAUGUAGUUGAACUGCAAUUCACCUGCUCCCCAUCCAGCAUGGUCAAUGCUAAUGAAUGAUGGAAAUUGUAGUCCAGCAAUAUCUGGAGGGUGCUGCAUUGGCUAUUCCUGAGUUAAGCUACUGGCUAUUAAAGGGGAUACAUGGAGGUCUUUGUUCCUCAAGUGGUGGUCUACUGACUAUAAGGAGGAUUUGAGCUGCUCCAGCUUUUGCCUUUCCCUCAUUUAUUUUUGAAAAAAAUAUUAAUAAUUUAGUACAAAAGUUUAAAAGGACACAGAAGGAAGUUAUACCUAACAAAGCCAUGAUACUUGUGCAACACCUUCUGCUUGUACAAUGGGAUUUCCACCUCUCCCCGGAAUGUCUUAAAUAGUAAGAUGUAGAUUAGUUUUAACAUAGGGAAGACAUAAGGACAAGACUGUUUCGGAACAUAUUGUUCCAGUCCAUUACAGAUACUUGUAAGUAAAUGUGUGUGUGUUUGUAGUUCAAUGCAAUUCCUCAUAAAGUAAAAUGAUUUUUACCCAAGUGUUAUUUGCCAGAGACCCUUAAAUCCUUCUGGUUUCUCUUGCUUUUUCCCAUAGGACAAUAUACAUAUGUAGUGGCCAUAAGUAACUCCAGAUCAAUGUUAACAGUCCUUUUCAGAAAACCUUCCACAUCAUCAUAAUGUAACCAUAAUAUCAGAUGUCCUGUUAUCAUCUAUUAGUCCAGUUGUUUCUAGAAAAAGUCUACGUGGAGGGAGAAGUGUUCUUUUUCUUCUUUAGUAGUUUAUGCUUUUGUUUUCAGUGUGCAUUCUUCACAGUAUUAUUCAAAAUAACAUGUGUGAAAGGAUAACUGUCUCUGCCUGGCUGUCACCUGAAUCUCUACCCCAAAUGUGCUAAAGAAUAGUGCCUUCACUUAUUUCCUUCCACACAUUCACAAAUGGGGACAGGGAGAGCAGGACUGCACUUUCUAGCCCCAUCUUGAUUGCUCUCCUGGUUCUGCCACGCCAACCCAAUCUCCACAUGUUGAUCAGAUAUCUCCCUUCAAUGCCUCCUGUCAGACAUGCAGAAGUCUGGAUAGCAGAGCCAGCCAAGGUAGCGAUGAUGUGGGUAAUUUGUUCACGUGUGUCUGGCCUUGGAAAACCCAUGUUCCAGCACAGAAAAGAAUUGGCUUUGACCCGGAGUCUUUGGGUGUGGGUGCAGGCCAGAGCUUUCCAAACUUUUCACAUUGUUGACACACUUUUUAGACAUGCAUCAUUUUGCAACACAGUAAUUCAGUUUUACUAGCUGGAGGUUAAACUAACCACUUUCUAGUCCUGGGAGGAGUGCGGGGAGUGUUUGCGCGACACACCUGCAAACUGCAGCCAGCACACUAAUGUGUUGUGACACACAGUUUGGAAAGCUCUGGUGUAAGCCUUCCUGGUUUCAUCUGUGUUAAAUGCAUGCUUACCCUUCCACAUGUUGUACAUGAUGCUUCUCUUUUUCUUGCUGCGUCUUGUGUAACAGGAGUUAGUUAAUAGGAAAAUAUUUUGUGUGUUGCUGAAGUUAGUCUUUGGCCAACUGAAUAGCUGCCUCCAUUGUAGAAGUGAGUGACAAUGAGCCAUGAGCAUGAGAAGUAUCCCCUUGGCCCCAGCCAUCCGGUCUUGGAUUACCUAUCUCAGUGGUAUGAAACCUCAGGCCCUCCAGGCCUCUCUGGCCCUUGGGACUUUGUCUGUGCCACACCCCUUCCUAAGUCUGACACACCUGUUUCUGGCUGUCCUCCAUGCCUUCCUUUAGCACUUUUGCCUGGCUGGAAUGUCUCUUUAUACUGUGGCAGUGCUUCCUGCUUACCUGGAUGGAGGAAGGAGCUGUAUGUUUGACUGGCUUUUUCUUGGCUGGAACAUAAGCUACUAUAAAAAGAGUCACAUCUAUUGCCCUGCCUGCUUUUUGCCUCUGGCCUCCACUCACCACUAGCAUGUGGCCCCUGAAGGUUGCCCAUCGUGGAAAGUGGCCCUAAGGUUGAAAAAGUUUCCUUGCCCCUGGCUAAUGUGAAGACAACUUCCUCCCCCCAAAACAACAACAAUGUGGCAUAUAUUUUUGGGAGAGAGGCAGCCUUUCCAUUUACUUUGGCAGUGUUUGCACAUCCUAGCACCUCAGUAAGAUGAGCUUAGUUUGGACCUCCCCAGUUCUUCUGGUAAUGUUGUAUUAGAUUAUGGAGAUCUGUAUUAAUGUGCUUUCCCCAAUUUCCUUUUGUAUGAAAGAUGGAGAGAGACUCACUGGAACUCAACUCAUGGUUGGAAGAUGUGGCAGAGUUCAAUGAGGCAGAAGCAGAAUCCAUUGAGACAGAAGACUUUGAAGUGAGAGGGAGCCGGUUUUCCAAGUCAGCUGACGAAAGACAGAGGAUGUUAGUACAGCGGAAAGAAGACCUUUUGCAACAAGCUCGCAGGUGUGUAUGUUUUGUGGGUUACGGUUACAAAAUGUUUAAUGUGGAAAAGCCCAGGAGGAGGAUUUGAGGAGGUGUUUAAGGGAAAGUCAUUCAGAGAUCUUUUGCAUAUCUAGCUGGCUACCUCUCAGUGAUGCAACUUCUCCUUGAUCGUGAUGCAGUAGCCUGUUUUGUGUUGCCCAAGGGCAGGGAUGGUGAACCUGUGACACCGACUCUCCGAAGUCCAACAGCUUCCAUUAGUUCCCGCUACCUUGGCUAGUGGUCACAGAUGAGGAGAGUUGCAGUCAAGCAGCAUGUGGAGGGCCAUAAAUCCCCCCCUCUCUUAGUGGCUCAGAUGCAGUUUUGGAGUUGUGCAACCGGUGUGGCGGCACUGGGUGCUGUGCUGCAGGGGGCGGCACAACAACGCUGUAGAACGGAGUGCGAGAGGUGGGGGCGGUGUCAAAUUUUAAUGUUGGAAAGGGUGCUGCUGAAAUUUGAGACCCCAAAGUCUGCCACUGAGUAGCUGAAUAGUGCUGGCCAUAUGACUGGGAGUUGGACUGGAUGGCCUUUUGAAUGCUAUCAGAAUCCAAGUCACUAAGGCAGAAGGAGCCGGCUGGGUGGCUCUCCCAGGCAUAGCAGGCAGGUGAGGCCGAAGGUGGGAACUGGACUGGGGAACAGAAGGGGAUCUGAGAAUAACAACACAGAUCUGUCUUUGUGUAGGAGCAGAACAUUAUCUGAUAGCAUUCAAUAAUUCUUUAGGUCUCAUGGUCACUAUCAGCUGCUCAUGUAGGGCUGUGCUUAUGCCACCAUGAGUGGUCUGAAAAUGAUAUUGAGCACAGGAUUCAAUUCUCUCAGAAUAUCAGCUUUCAUUAACGAUAAAAUGUACAGAGCUUUUUAUGGCUGAGAAGAAACAUUUUCAAAUGUCUUAGCAUCACCUCCUGAAGUAUUGAAUGCCAGAGGUGUGGCUCAACAUUUCCAGUUGUUCAGGAUGAAGCUUCAGAGCUUCUGACAUCAAUCAAACUAGCAAAACCAGAAUAAAGUGGUCAACAUAAUUAGCACAUAUUUAAAAUUUGCAAAAUCCACACAGGCCACAAGAUCCAGCUUUUCUUGGUGCAUUUUUUUGAAAUGUGUGUUAAGGCCUUUCCCCUCCUGCUUGGAAAGGUUAAAUGCAAACCAGGCAACCUCUAUAUUCAGAGUGAACUUUAUGUUACUUUCCCUUCAGCCAUCUAGUUUUUCUCCCUCCAGGCGUUACCUCAACAAAACCUCUGAUGAUCCUAGCUCAGAUGACUACUUGCAGGCCGAAGGAGCGACUUCAGACCCUAUCACCCUGCGCCGGAGGAUGUUGGCCGCUGCAGCAGAGCGAAGACUUCAGAAGCAGGAUCCCUCUUAACACUUCCUGUCUCCUCCUGUUCUUUUUCCACACAAGCAAUGUUUAUUACAUCCUACACUCUCCCUGCCCACAAGGAGGGUCUCUUCAGAACUCAGCAAAUGUGCCGAGGAUGACUGAUCUGGCUGCAUCUUCACUGUAUAAAGCAUGUGAUAUCUAAUAAGUGUUUGGACAGCUGACAAAUUAACCUUUCUUGGGUACUUUUUUUGAGUGACACACAUUUUCCUUUCCCCCACCCCCUUUGCGAACAAAAAAUGCAGUCUUUAAAGCCCUGGGCAUGGUGUGCUGCUUAAUGUGAGUUGCAGAGGGACAGUGGCUGAGAAGCACCAGGUCCAUUUGCUGCUUGUGUGCACUGAGCUUGCUGGCACGUCCCAUUUAAGCUCUUUAAAGUGGAAACUGAACAAGGAAUGACAAAAGCACUCUCCUAAGUAAGCAAGCAUCACUGCCGAGUCAUUGCAUGUCUCGAGAACGACAUGCUUAAAAUAAAAGAAACACAUUUUGGAUGCUUUUGCAGAGUCUUUUGGACAAAACUGGCAUUUCUAAGUGUUGGAGCAUGGAAGUGGAGUGCACCAACAGGAGGAGACAUCUUAAAGAGUGGAAAAUGUUGAGCUAAGUUUUAGAACAGUGGCCCCCAGACAGACAGUGUGAACAUUCCUGGAUUAUUUUUCUACCAGGAGGCUGGCUUGGUUUUUAAUGCAUUUCAUUGCUAGUAACAGACAUGUGGCCAAGGGAGAAGCACCGGAAAAAGGGGCGUGAGCCCCCAGCUAUAUUUGGCAUCUUGAUUGAGCAUUUCAGUAAGCAGGCAAACUGGGAUGGUCUCAUAGUUUGGUGUCAGAGGCCAUCUGCAGAGAAGGCUCCAUUCAGGAAUGGAAGUUGGCUGCUAUUUGAGAGGCAAGGGAGCGCGCAAAAGUAUCUUUAUUUUUGUAAUCUCGCAUCUGGCAAUACUCCAUAUGCCCAUUAGCUUAAUCAGAAUUGAGAGAAUUGAGGGCUACUAGAUCUUAGGCUAGGUGUGCUCAAACUUUUUUCUUUGGUAUUGUAAAACUCUGGUAGCUGUAUUAGAGAUCUCUGGUCUUAGGUCCGUAAAUGGGUUUUAUGAUGGCAGCCAAGUAAUUUUUAAGUGUUUGGCGAGUAUCGCUAUCCUUCAGAAGGUGCCCAGUAUUUUAAAAAAUAUAUUGCAAAUUAUCUUUUUACAGCAGGAUUUUAGUAGGGCUGUGUACCAGAUUUGGCCAAGGUCUGAAUUCCCGAGUCAAAUCAAGCCUGAAUCCUGGCUUCACUCAAGUCAGGUUGAAAUAGCACUGUAUCACUACAGGUUGGGUUGAAUGACCCACAGCCAUCCAGGGCUGCUGGGGCGGGGCAUCAGGCAGGCAGGAAGGGGCAGCGCGAGUGAGAAGAAGUCUGAGAAACGGCAAACAGGAGAGGCCUGCAUCUUUGUGGGAGAUAGUGGGGGGUCUUUCCUGCCAGGCCGUUCCUUAUUCUCACCACUGCCUCUUCUCCAUUCUGCCACCUGAAAUACAUUGCGUAGGAUUGGAUAAUCCUAUGUAAUGACUUUUAGGCAGGAGGAUCCCAUCUUGUGCAAUGCUGCUCCUUUGUGUGUGGCUCCCAUUCGAUGCAGGGAAGCUGCUUUUGAAGGAGCAGCACCAUGCAGGAUCAGAUUCUCCUUAACAGCUCAACAGCUGUUAAGAUCCUGCCACCACCUGUUCUUGACUGUUUUUUAAAAAAUAAGGUUUAAAAAACCCUUAGCCCCCCCCCCAUUACUUUGGGGACAGAUCCAGGGUGGAGUGGGCGGUACAGAUGAAUUGGCUCAAUCUGGGAGCUAUAGGGCAGAUGGAGGGCAGUCCGUGCACAGCCCCUCUUUUUAGAAUAUUUGAAGGUGACUAUAAGAAAACUGAAUUGUGUAAGUGUUAAGUGAAGAUAACUUAUUUCAGUAACCCCCUUUGGGAAGCCUUACCUUGCAAUGCUGUUAGUAAACUAUGGAGGAAGAAAGAAAAGAUUCUUGUGAUUCAGUUUUGCUUAGAGCGCAGCUCUUUGUUUUUAUUGUUUUUAAAAAAGGAAAUAAAAUUCUUGAUCAGUGUUGGAAAUAUUUAACAAACUUCUUUUUUGAACACUUUGCACAUCUUCUCUCCUCACCACUCUCAAGUAUCAGUGAAUCCAUACAGAUAAAUUGUCAAACUACGAGCUCUCUUACCCUGGAGGAGGGUCUGUAUCAUCCUACCAGAAGUAAUGUUAUUACGCAACAGUUGCCGAUGUGUGGUAGAUCACCUAUGGGUUCACUAUUUGGACACUUGAUCUGAAAGCUCUUCCUCAAAUUGCUUUGAAAGCGAAGUACAUUUUCUGGAUAUAUUUGAAGACAUCAAAGUAGAAAAGCCGUUCUCUGCUUACUCCCUUCCAUCAACGCCACCUCAGUUACCCACAUGGUGGCAGUCUUUACAUUUGGAUUCUCCAUCUGACUGACCCACUUCAGUUAUCGGAAGGGUGAAAAUGAGAGUGAAACAUAAAGGGACUGGGAAUUUUACUCAACUUUAGAUCAAUUAUUUUGGAUGAAGCAAAGUGAGGCUUUUGUAUUGUGCUCUUUUGUUUCAUAAUAUUUUUUACUUUCUGGCUGCACUUUCAGGAGGGACAUGGGUGUGCUCAUUCUGUCAUUUAUACCCCAGUGUAUGCUGGAAGCUCAAGCUCAAGUCUGGUUUGUAACCUAUUCACACAACCAACUUAGGUGUAAGCUGUUCGGUUUCUGUCACCAGCUGUGAGGUGGUUGCACGGGGAUAUCCUGGAAGAAGACCUUUCUAGGACUAGAUCUGCAUUUCUGGCAUAAAUUAUUGAAACGAGUGUGGGAAGUUGUGUGUGGGUUCUGAAAUGAGAAGGGGAGUGGGGAAAAACAGCAUAAGUCUUGUGUUGCAUUCUGUGCAACUGCCUUGUUCCUUCUCUGCUCCCUGAAAAACAAAGCCUAGCCAUAAAGAGAGAGUAGCCAAGCAAUGCUGAGGAUUCCCCUGGGAGCUGGAAGGCGAUUCUACUGCUUGCCUGUUGCAGCUGUCAUCCAACCGGAGCCUCCCAUAAAAAAUCUGGUUCAUGAGCUGCUGUGAAAACCAACGCUUAAAAAACUCUGAAUUCAGUGAUACUUAGUAAUAAUCCUUCUGUUUUUAUAUAGAUUUUAUCUAGAUACCUAGAUAUAUAGUUCCUUAUUUCUUUGAUAGUGUUUAUAUGGUUUUGUCAUGGCCUUUGGCUAGUACAAUAAAGCUUAUCUACAUCUAGUAAUAAUCCAAAGGCUCAAGCAGCAACACACAAAACCAGCUAGGGCCUAUGGACACUUUGUUCUUUGCAAAGACAGUAAACUGCUUCACGAGUCAGAGGAGGUGAAUCAUCCCAGGGACAAGGAAAAACACAGGGUGGAUGUUCACAGAGUCUUAGGGUUCUAUAUGGAUAGAUUUCAGAGUAAGAGCAAAAGUUCUUACUGUGUUUCUGUUAGGCAACGGAAAUGCCUGCACCUGCCAUUUUCAGGGGACUGAACGGUUCCAUUGUCACCCACCUGAAUCACACUUGAAAGCUGCAGCAUUAAGAGAAGACUUCCAAGUCUGAGUAAGACAGUAACUAAUUAAUUCCCAAAAGAGAGUUUUCAUACCACCUCAAAGACUUUUCAAAGUGGCCCCUACCUUUGGCUUCUAUACAAGUGAAGAUGAAUCAAGGAAUGUAGAUGCAUGUGUAAAUACAUCUGCACACGUCUUCAGCCUUUUUCGGCCCAGGACUCGCUUUUUUACUGUAUCCUGUGACACUCUCAAUCUUUGGCCCCAUAUGUAUGCAUGUUCAAACUGCUUCAUUAGCUGUAAAGGAGAAAGAAUUCUUGCAGAAGAGGGAAGGAGGUGUGGCAUCUGCAACUAUAUUGGUAUUAAAGGUUAAAUAGUUUUGCCUUCCUUUGC